ACACACACACACACACGGAAUAAGAAGCACUGAAACACAUUAUCACUCGUGGGGUGUGUGUGCGUAUCUCAUGAGCCAGCUCACCUCUCAGGGACACUUGUGAUUAAGCGGUUGAACUGAUCUCACUGAUAUUUCAGAUUAGCACUCUCUGCAAGGCUCCGCUGUCUCUGACUGACACAGCAGGAUUCAGACGGCACUUUGAGUGGGGUAAGUCAGACACGACUCCUCGUUUCCAUUCCCUGUGGAUCUGCUGAGAUGCGGUGAGGUUGAUGAUGAUGGUGAGCGACGACUGCCUGGUGGAGUGUAAGAUCGACGAUGAUAGCGAUGAAGAUCAGAUAAACACACCUCCUCCUCCUCCUGAGUUUGCAUCCAAAGCCUCGACCCCCGUGGCCGUACCUCCGACCCCUCCCACGACCCCUCCCACGACCCCACCCACGACCCCUCCCACGGCCACACCCACCUGCACCGUCAGCAGGGACCCAUAUGGCAUAAACCUGCACCUUAAGGUGGAGGUCAGUGACGUACUGGCGGAGCCGGCCACACCUCGCAGCAUAGACCAGGUGUGGCGUUACAGUGUGGCUGGCUUUGAGACAACUCGUAUCUGGACGUACCGCUGCCUCUCCCUGCUGCUCGCCGUGCCCUUCGCUCUCCUCUGCGGGGUCUUCCUGGCUAUUCUCGCCUGUCUACACGUCUGGUUUGUGGUGCCUUGUCUGCAGCUGAGCAACACGUUCCUCCCAUGUUUGCGGUCUCUGUGCAUGUGUGCUGUGAAUGCGUUCAUAUCUCCCUUCUGCACGUCUUUGGCUCUCUGCUGCAGUCAAAUUGCCAUUUCCCUGUCGAACAAGGACUGGCAUCAAAUGAGAGACAAAGGGAUUGUAUAAAUGUGAGAAAAGUGAUAUUGUGUGAUGAGUGAAAUUAUUAUUGUGUGUUUUUAAAUCGGCAUAGUUCCACAUACUAUGAAUGCAAUUCGAAAUGUUUUCUAUAUAAAGCGAACUCAUGAAAAAUAUGUGUAUUAUUGUGAUUAUUAUUCAGCCCCCCCCAAUUGAACAAAGGAGCCCCCCCCUCCAUCUAAGAAAGUCUCGAAUUUAAAAAAGAAUGUGCAUACAGACACGUGUGCACGCUGCACCAAGGACCCCCCAUCUCCCGUCGACACGGUAUUAUUGAAUUUAUAUUAUAAUAUAAUAUUAUUGGUAUUAUUGUUGUGGUGGCUGCAUUUGUCUACCACUAUGUGAAUAGAUUUUACAGAUAUUUGCUCAGAUGAGAUUAAAGUUGAUUCAAUCAAUGAACAACUAAAGCUUUUUUUGCUAAUCAAUAUGUAUCAGUACAUUUGUCAAGGACAUUUGUUCAAUUGUAUUAAAAAUGUUUUUUGCUUUUGAUUAA